AUGUUUCACACUGACCACUAUGCGCAAUGUCUCGACUGGUCAAGUCCAGAGUCGGAGCACAAUCCAACAUGGGCGUCCGAAUUUCCGUGGAUUCCUGGAUCAGAAACAGCACAUCAUAUCUUGACAGAAUUCCUUAAAACCAAAGUAUCAAGAUACUCGGAGAGUCGCGAUAUCCCAUUCGAAUCUGGGACAUCUCAACUUUCCCCUUAUCUAGCCCACGGAGAAAUUAGUCCACAUCGUGUACUCCAUGCUCUGAGAGAGGUUCGUUUGAAUCGUGACACGCCAAAACCAGCUAUUGAGUCCUCCAAAACGUUUGAAAGAGAACUCAUUUGGCGUGAAUUCAACUAUCAUUUGUUAUAUCAUCAACCUGAUCUGGCGACUCAAAAUCACAAUGAACAAUGGAAUUUAUUUACCUGGUCACAAAUGGCAACAGAGUCACAGUUGACAGAGUUUUCGCGCACUGGUGAGCUUCCACCAUCCACGGAUGAACAAAAUGCUCUUAAUACGGCGGCUGCGUAUGAUUGUUGGAGAGCAGGACAUACAGGCUUUCCUAUUGUCGAUGCUGGAAUGCGCCAAUUGUGGAAGAUUGGAUGGAUGCACAAUCGCGUUCGCAUGAUCACAGCCUCACUGCUAAUUAAAAAUUUGCGCAUUCAUUGGCGUCUGGGAGAAGAAUGGUUUUGGAAUACACUAGUUGAUGCAGAUCCAGCCAGUAACCCGGGAAAUUGGCAAUGGGUGGCAGGAACAGGCGCCGAUGCUGCUCCCUUCUUUCGCAUAUUCAAUCCUGCAAGGCAAGCAGAUCGUUUCGACCAGAAAUGUGCAUACGUUCGAACAUGGGUGCCCGAGCUCAAGACGAAAACGACACAAGAGGUUGCAGCUAUGUAUGAAGCAUCACCGAGAAAAGCCGCAAAAGAACAAGACGAAGACUUUCUGGCUCUAACUAACCCCUCGUUGACAAGUCAGUGGAUUCACUCUUCACCAAAUUCAGGUUCUACCAGUAAUUCUGUGAAAUAUGCAACUCCUUUCAGUCACGCAUUUUCACAAAGAUAUGUGGCCGUACCCGAAACAAACUAUCACAAUUUGAUCGUCGAUUUCAAGAAAAGUAGGGAUCUCGCGCUAUCUUGUUAUCAGACAAUCAGGAAAAAUUCUGAGUCUUCGCUCUCAUCUGAUACUACGCCAAGAAAAAAAUUUAAGACCAAGAAAUAA